AUGACCAACUCUAAUAAGUGGGAGGAUAGAGUUAAGGCAUCAUCAGCGUUCUACUCCCAAUUGGUCACCAAGGAUAUGUCCAAAGAACUAUAUGCUUUGUUGGCUCCGAGUGCUGUCUCAGGUCCAAGUGUUGCCAACUUGGUAUACAACAUCGUGUUGGGUGCCGUCUACUGUGUGCCCUUGGUUGGAAACUUUAUUGCGUUUGGCAUGUCGUCCAUCUGGAGUGUGCUGCUCGGUGGAGGUGAGCAAGCAGCAGUCAGACACCUCUGA